AUGAUUUGUUUAAUUUUGUUGAUUGUGUUGUUCGUUUCUGGGGGUUUUACCCUUGAGUGUAAUACGAUAAACCACCGCCAAAAAUUCAAGCCUGAUAUUAUUUUGGCACAACAUUACUGUAAAAAUGUUCCGUCGAAUUUGGUCAUUGAUAGUUUGUAUUUCGUUGAAACAAAUUAUCCGCAAGAAGUGACUAUCGUUGAUUCGGAAAUACCAACAAUUUCCAAUUAUUCGUCGCUUCUUAACAUGAAAUAUGUGCGAAAGUUGGUUUUGAAAGGCUUGGGGAUUAGGAAUAUAAUCCCUGGUGCGUUUCGCAACAUGAACAAUUUGCAAGAAUUGGAUUUGAGUUUUAACCAGAUCAGGGAAUUGUCCGGUGAUGCGUUUCAGGGAUUAGAAAGGUUGGAGACGUUGCAUUUGGAGGGAAAUCAGUUAAGGGAUGAUUUGGAGGAGAAGAGAAAGUUUUUGCCCAAUUUGAAGAAUUUGUUCCUGAGUGAUAAUCCGAUCGGAGCGGCUGAAUAA